CAGCUGAUUGAGCGGCCAGCUGAUCCACGUUGGUGACAACUUGGUGUUUCGACCCCGAAUGUCAUUGAAAGUUGACAGCUGAAGAAAUACUCGAUAAAUUGAGUGAAAAUGAGCAAAUUCUUUAAAAUGAUUAUCUUGGGGGCUCCCGGGUCAGGAAAGGGGACUAUAUCAUCCAGAAUCCUGCGAGAUUUCGGACUAAAACACCUUUCCAGUGGCGAUCUGUUGCGAUCCCAGGUUAUCAGUAAAACAGAGCUGGGUGUUAAAGCCAAAGCUUUCAUGACAGCUGGAAAAUUGGUGCCUGAUGAUGUAAUGGUCAAGCUAAUAUCUGAAGAGCUUGCAAAAAUUACAUCAUCAUCAUGGUUGCUAGAUGGGUUUCCACGAACAAGACCUCAAGCAGAAGCCUUGAAUAAACAUGAAAAGCUUGACCUGGUUCUGAGCCUUGAAGUGCCUAAUGAGGUUAUAAUUGACCGCCUCAAAUGUCGUUGGACUCACCUGCCUUCUGGACGGAUUUAUCACACAGAGUUCAACCCACCAAAGACUCCUGGAAAAGAUGAUGUGACUGGUGAAGACCUGGUGCAGCGAGAAGAUGACAAACCAGAAUCAAUAAGGCAGCGACUAGAUUUAUAUGAAAGCAGUACAAAGCCUCUGAAAGACUUCUACGAAGAAUUAGGAAUCUUACAGGUAUUUUGUGGGACAGAAUCUAAUGAAAUCUGGCCCAGGGUCCAUAAGUACCUUCAGAAUCAUCUGCCUGCACUAGGUGGACCUUUCUGAAUAAUUAACAGUACAAUUUCCCUAUGCGCCACAGUAUUCUAGUAAACAAGCAGUAGUAGGGUUGAUGACACUAAUAACUUUAGGACCUUAUUUUGGGGUUUUACUCAUGGUGCUCGAUGAGGCUUUAAAGUCUCUGAUAUCAUUAAACAAGGUGCUAUUGGGAAGAAUGUUGUUAUUAAUUGUAGUUUUAUCUAAGAUAAUCACAUAUCUUUGAACUUACGUAUUUUAAGUUACACGUGAAUGUGAUUUUAAAUUUACUUCUUGGUGGUAAUGUAGUAUUUUGCUGUAGUUGUUGCUUAUAAUGUUGAUACUAACUCUGAACCUACGAUAAUUGUUUUUUCUUGUGGAUUUUUACAUUUUUAUGUUGAAUAUUAUCAAGUACGUAUAGGGGUAAUUUGUCAUGUGCAAGUUCCUGUGUACUUGAUCAAACAGUCCUUGAAAUUCAUCAGAUAUAGAUUAAAAGGGGUCUACUUUAACGAAGGUUUCAUAUCAUCCCUUUAAUGACAUGGUGCUGAUAAUUAAAGCACAAAGGUUUCAUAUCAUCCCUUUAAUGACUUGGUGCUAAUAAUUAAAGCACAAAGAAUUUCUGAAAUUUUCCAUGGUAAAUGAUAGUUUAAAAAUUUUGGUAAAUCAUUCCGUAGUGGCCACAAUUGAUAUUUGCAUCUUUUAAUGCAGUGGCUCAUUGAUGGUAGAAAAAUUUGGCUAUUUGGGUACAUCAACUUCAUCAUAAAUAAACUUCGCUGACAAAAUGCUUAAUUUUGGACAUCUUUCUGUGCCUUGGCCAUGUGUGGUAAUUUUAUGGAUUGUAGUUCAUGAAGUUAAAUGAUAAGAGCCCAUUGUUAUGCAGAAAACAUUAAAAGAUAACAGAGUCCAUUGUUAUGCAGAAAACAUUAAAAGAUAACAGAGUUCAUUGUUAUGCAGAAAACAUAGAUUUUCUAUUUUUACUUCCAACAGAGCCCCUUGUACCAUUAUAUAUCAGUUUAACACCAAAACUUGUGGCAUGCCACAAGUAGUCACAUAUUUUUGCAAAACAGUGUACUGUUUCCCAUUAAGUUUUAUGACUAUAGAGAUUUUUUUUAACAUAAAACAAAAGAAAAACCUUUAGGACAUAACAUUCAUUUUGGAAGUCAGUCUUAUUGCUUACAUAAUAUCAUGAAGUUACUAUAUGCAUACUGAUAAAUGGGACUUUUUUUAGUUAGGAGAGACAGUGCUUUCAUAAUUUUGAAAACUCAAAAAGCACUUAACAUGUAUUUUACAAUGUAGAUGAAUUAUAUUUCUCUCUCUCUUGUACAUUUGAAAUUAAUACACCACAUCCAGUUCAAAGGUUUUCAUUUUGUAGUCGGUAGUCAUUAUAUGAAUUUCAGUACUUGUCAUUAGAAAGUAUAAUUAAAUUAACUUUUAUAAAGUUUCACUUGGUAGACAGGUAUUGGAAUUACGGGGGCACUAAGGGAGGUUGGUGUACAGUACAGCUGUAGUACAGUAGUCUUCAUUAUGGUCUUAACUACUUAACAAUAAUUAAGAUAUCUGCCCCUUAACUUCAACAUUGAAGAGCUGUUUGGGUUUUUCUCUUAAAAUUUUGGGGUAAAAAUUUACCUAUGAUUUUAAGGAUCACAACUUGACAGCUAUUAGUUAUGGAAUGUAUUCAUUAUUUCAGUUACUUCUUUUAACAAUGUUAAAAGUAUUUAUUUAAUUAAAAUAAAAGUUAAAGUUGCUAAUCAUAAGGCAACGUGAAAACUACAUUCCGUAUUGGUUCCAUGCUUUUGUUUUUACAAAUAUUGUUUCUUACUAAUACAUAAAGGAUUAUGCUGCUUUGUCUUCCAGUUAGUGCCUUAUAUGAGGUUUAAUCCAAUAAACAAGAAACUGGCUUCCAUUAGUGUACUUUUGAGUUUGACAUUCAUCAUGGUUGUGUAUUUAAUUGAGUUUGACAUUCAUCAUGGUUGUGUAUUUAAAUAUGUAUAAUAAAAUCAGAUUUGAGAAUUGAAAUAUAAGGAUAAAUAUU